AUGUCUCGACAACAGGCCAGGACCUCUGUGCGAUUCAGCACCUACAGCAUGGCGCCAUCCUUCGCACCUACAGUUCAAACAUCCGACUCAGCCCAGGCUGAGAUCCGCGAUAUUGCCUUCAACCUCGACCGCAUGGAAAAUAAAGCUCUAACUUCUCAACGGGUCAUGCUCAGUGACGAGAAGACCGACAAUAUGAGCAAGCUGGCUUUGGGCGCCAAACUCGACCGUGCUUUGGGGCGACGUAUGAGCGGGCAAGACGCCGUCAUGCGCCCUCGUCGCAAAAACGUUUCCGUCAGCGUUACUAUGAGUGAGAAGAAGGCACUGAGCGAGAAGAUCCAGUAA